CCACGACAUUGACUUUGGUCCUCCUUGAUUGAUUCAGCUGUUUACAACCGCAGACGCGGGAUGUACUGUCUUCACAAUCUUGUUGUCGAUCAUUGAGAGAGGCCGUUAUUUCAACAUGAUGUAUAGUAGCCGCACAAUUGUGAAGAUGCGUGACACAUUGAUUCGAGGUCGUCCUCGUCCGGUUCUAACACUGUUGGCCUUCUCUUUCUCUCUGUUGCAGAUCUGUCUUAUCUUUCGCGCUUCCGCGGUACAGCUACGGAUCAGAUCCGCGGCGAUUGGAACGACGUCAAACGUAGACGAGGCUGAGGAAGGAAAAGGUGCCGAGAAGGGCGAUUAUGCCACCGAUCCUCACUCCGACGAAGCCAUUGUACCUCCGCCCAUAGCUGCGCACAAUUCGGCUCUGCGUAUCGCGUCCGCGCUACCAGAAGGGGAACAAGGUGCCAACCUCGGAGCUGCACCAGCGACCACCAGGGAUUGCUGUCUGUGCCUGGAGCCGUUGAAUGGCCCGCCGGGCUUGGAGCUUUCGACAGCAGACCGGGAAAAAAUUUUGCAGUCCUCUCGGGACAGACAACAAAGAGGAGAAGAAGCUGUGUCUAUCGCGCGGACACUCGUGUUUCCACCUGGCCUGCGUGGCGCUGCAUCUGCGGAAGUUGUUGCCGAAGGAGUUGGAGCUGGUCGAUAUUGAACUCCCAAAAGUUCUUUGUUCCUCUUACCCGACCGGUGGAGGUGUCACCGCAACCAUUUUAGAAGAAGUAGAUACUGCGCCAAGUGUUGCCGGCGCGUGCGUGGAGGAAGGAGGCAGUAGUAGCUCGACCAAUUAUAUGUAGUGAGGUCACCGAACGGUUCUAACCAGGGAGUUUUUUUGACACCUACCGUGAAAAACGACCGGCAGUUUUCAAGCGGGCGAAAGUGUUUUUGAGCAUAAAAAAUUUUCAAUUAUCAAGCGGCUUUGGCUGUGUCGGCACCGAAUCGCCAGCGGAUUCUAUCGAUCGCCGCUGGGUAAAACGACGCAGACAAGCCAGCAAAAGGGGCGCCCUUCUGAGGCGCCCACCGCCUUAGUUUCUGGCGGUUUGGGGCGCCCAAAAAGGGGCGCGAAAAAAACGCGCCCAAAAUCAGAACAGCGAAACAGCACGGCACGGCCGCGAUUUCGGAGCAUUUUGGGCGGCCGCGAAAGCGGCCGAGUUUUCGCCUGUUUCAGAGCCUGGGAAGCUUUGCAAAAAGCGCCGGCGCGAAAAAUAAAAACGCAAAAAAGCAAAAGCGCGCCAGACGCGCAAAGCCAACCCGCAUGCUACGGGCCCGAUUUCCCUUCGCUUUUUGGGCGCCCCCCGUGGCACCCGGAUCGGCCCCAUAGCAUGGGGGCUGGCUUUCGGAAGGGAAUAUCGGGAAUUUGCCAAAAUUUGCGACGUUUAUGAAGCGGCCACCAUACCGUGCGGCCUAACGUUACUCGCGACGGCAUGGCGAACCCAGGAAAAGCACAGCCGCGGCCAAAGCGACGGCCGGCAAGAAAACGCCCACGACCUCACUACCUCCGCCCCGGCGGCUAUAUUUGGUAAUCCUGCCUCCUCAACGACUGGCGCUGCAAGAGCAGGACCUGCCACAGCAGACGUGCCAGCCACUUCCUCUGACCACUCACCGUGUGCCGAUGCAAGCGACCAGGAUGCUGGCUCGGAAGAGGUCGAACUGGCGACCGUGCAGUACCCCUGUCCGAUGUGCCGACAGACCACGGAUCUGAAAUUGAAGGUAAAGGUGAAGUUAAAGUCUAGUACCGACACGCUGUUCAGUCAGGAAGGAAGUGUCGUUUCGGGAGACGGAGAACAGGGGACCGCAUCUUCUGAGCACGGCGAAAAUAGUACAGACAACACCAUUUACACGACCACGUCACGACCCGUACAAGUUGUCCCGGAGUAUUUGCAGAGACUCCGCCGCGGCGAACCGCUGCUGCUCUCCGGUGCGCCGCGGUUUCCGGAUGUUAGCGGGGACGAGUGGGUGGUGACCACGAUGCACCGCCUGUUAGACACCAUGAUUUUCCGGCUGGAGCAGUCCCCCCUCGGCACCGCCCGGGAGUGGUCCGCCUCCGAGGUGGACGCGAUGUCUCCGCUGCGGUCGGGCCGGACAGCGAUGCGGGGGGGACAGCAGCAGCGCGACCCCUUGAUGUCACCGCUCACGAGCCAGGCGGUCAUGUCGCAAGAUCCGUCGGUGCAGGAGGUUGAUCUGCGGAGGAGGCGCAACGCGCUGGUUUUGCCAGAUAUCCUGACCGGACCCUACGACGAGAAUAAUCCGGACCACGUCAGCGGCGCCGCGUUUGCGCCCUUCGUCGCCGCGGGGGUAGCUGCAGUCGCGCAAGGACAGCAACAGCAGAACCGGGGAACUGCCGCGCGCAUGUUGCUCGGCCGUAUCCGGCAGCUUGAGCAGAAUCCGGUUUUCGUGAUAUCACAAUGAAAAAUGCCCCCUCCCCAUGUCAAAACGGAAAUCUGUGAUGCAGAUUUGUGGUCACAAAUCAGCUUUGUGAUGCUAGAAGGCAAAAGAUGCGGACUGUAGUGCUGCCUAGCGUGGGAGAGCCUUGCAGCUCCAGGAUGACAGGAGGCAACUGGAAGUGGGAAACCGCAUGACAGAUUACCUGCAAUUUAUGCUGCAGCUUCGUCUCUUGGCCUUCUAGCAAUACAAGUCGAUUUGUGUACUCAAAUACAGCAUCACAAAUUCGCGCAUCUUCCGUUUCCGAUAUGGGGUGGAAGCUUUUUUCACUAUGAUGCGUGAACCUCAUGGACGCCUCACCCUCCACGCCGUAUUCCCCCUGGACCGCACGGACGCACGACAGCAUCCUGUCGCCGGACCCGCCAACGGAGGGAGGUUGAAAGGGAAUCGAUUGUUUAUUUUCCAGGGUGCCGUAGUUGUAGCACUUGCAACGAUUAUACGGAUACGAUAGUUGUUGUGUGAGCUGUGAUGUCACUACCACUCUAAACGUACAGUAGAUUAGAAUAGCAAAUACAAGCAAAGGCUCUUUGCUCUUGCUGACUUUUUUGUUUCGCAGUGAAAGUUAUGCGGCUUCAUUGAUUUUGCAAAUAAAAUGCCUCUAUGGCUGAUGGGUCUGCAAAACUCACAGGCUUUCGUUUUUGGUCUUGCGUACAUUAUGCUACGAAGUAGAAUCAAUUCUCGUGAUUAUCAGCAUUAUUCCAGAGCUGUCCGUAUCCAUUGUGCUUUGAU